AUGGAGCCCUCCAACACCAUCAAACUGCUGCACCUGCUUUUCCUCUCCACCUCCUGGGGAAUGCAGAUCUGGGUGACCUUCGUGGCUGGGUUUGUGAUGAGCAGCCACCUCCCUCGCCACACCUUCGGCUUCAUGCAGCGCGAGCUCUUCCCCUACUAUUUCCACAUCUGCUCCACUUGUGCCUUCCUCAACCUGACUCUGUUUGCCAUGUACCACCCCAGCGAGCUGCUCAGUGACAAGCAGACGACCCAGAUCAUUAUCUUCUUCAUUUGCAUCGCUGCUUCUGUGCUGAACACACAGUGGUUUGGGCAGAUCACCUCUGACGUCGUGGCAGAGAUGUACGUCGUGGAGCGCAACCACGGCCUCGGCCAGGAGGUUGGGCUGGUUGCCAGUGAGUCCCGCAGGCACCUGCGUGCCUCCAACCCCAGCUACAGGCAGCUGUUCCAGCAGUUCACCCUCUACCAUGCUCUGUCCUCGUUCUGCAACCUCUGCUGCAUUGUGUGCAAUGGCCUCAGCCUGUACCACCUGGCUACCCACCUCUCUGCCCUGUGA